UACACACAUUAUACAUAUAUAUAUUGUUGCGUUUGACCAGAUGUUCCUCCAAGUGGGAUGUAAAACGCUGGUCAGUCCCAAGUUACUUAGAUGACACAUAAACUGAUCUCAAAUAUACACCAAUCACAGAAUAGGUAUUUUCUAAUUUUAUUGUCAAAUAUUUGAGAAUAGAGACCAGCCUCGAACAACACAUCCAAAUGCGUAGCCCAAGUUGAUCUGGCAACUUCCCGGAAAGCCCUCUCCUCUUCAGUAUCUCCCCCCGCCCUCACUUGUCUCACCUCAAACACAUGCUCAUUGUCUCUUAUCUUGAGUCGGCCUGGGAAGCACAGGAAGGAGGAAUUCCUCCUCUCUGCCUUCUACUUCAAGGCCGGCCCAAGUGCGAGCACUUUGUCAUGGGAUGAAAAGAAAAGCAAAGAGUACAAUAUGGAACAUUAGCUAUAUGUAAUAUGACUAUGAAAAUUAAUAAGUAACACAAAAUAUGGAUAUAUGAAUAUAUAUAUAUAUCUUUCAAUUCCCCCUUCAGAUCUUAUCCAAAAGAUCUCUCCUACGAGAGCAACACCUCUAAAGCACUCCCUACAUUAAAGUAGGUGCUGUUUUGGUUUUCGAGCAAGCUAUCGAUAAACAAUCAAACCAUAGUUACAUGGGAGAGAGAAGGAGGGAGUCAACGUCAAUGUCGUCAUUGUCAGGGAAGGAAACUAACGGUCCCUGAAAGUCACCACUAUGCUUGACUAGGGAUGUUAACAAUUAAUCGAUUUUCGAUUAAUUGCCGUUAAGAAAUUACCCGAUUAAAAUUAACGAUUUCAAUUAAUUGACAAUUCCGUUCUGUCACGGUCGGUGCGGUGGUUUUCUGUGUGAAGGUAAUGCUGAGUUUAUACCUCGCUAGUCCACACGAGGGAGUUGUUGCUUAUUGUACUUUUUCCAAGCAGCAACACCAUCACGUGACCAGCCCUACAUGUCCGCUGUACACAUGAGAGUCCACAUGCGAGAGAAGAAAAACAAACAUGAAGCGACGCAAGAGAAGUGCUGUGUGGGAACAUUUCACCCUAAAAGAGGACGAUGCAACGUGCAAAAUAUGUAAGGCUGUUUUGAAGUACAACAAUUCAACCAGUUCGUUAAAUUACCACCUAAAAAGUUUACAUGCCGCUGUGCUUGGAGGAGAGAGUGGAGGCGGAGCACGGCCAGGCCAGCCCUCCGUCGCCGAAGCGUUUUCCAAAAGAAAAGCGGUGUGUGAUGACGCACGGGCAGAGGGCAUCACCCAGAGGAUUUGCAACAUGGUUGAAAAGGAUAUGCUGCCUAUAAGCAUUGUGGAUGGCAAGGGGUUUCGUGAGUUGAUGAACUAUUGUGAGCCAGACUACCAAAUCCCUUCUCGAGAAACAAUAACAACCCGCAUAGAGGCUCGCUACAAAAGAAAGAAAGCCGAGCUGAAAGCACGACUGGCCAACACGCAUGUAGCAAUAACCACUGACUGUUGGACGUCAAAUACAACAGAGAGCUAUAUCACCGUCACUUGCCACUACAUGGAGGACUGGCUGAUGAGGUCGGCAGUCCUAGCCACAGAGAGUAUGCCGAUGAGCCAUACGGCUGAUAAUUUAGCAGAACGGCUGAAUGAAAUUGUGCAUGCAUGGGGGCUGACCGGGCGAGUGAUAGCCUGUGUUCACGACAACGCGAGUAACAUCGUCUUAGCAAACAGCCAACCUCGAGUCGACUGGGCCUCUGUUCCAUGCUACACCCAUACCCUACAACUGGCCAUCAACGAUGGUUUCGCUGGGACCCUGCACCAAGUCAUCGCAGCUGCAGGAAGAUUGGUCAAACACUUUAAGCACAGCACUAAAGCCACCAAAGCGCUGGAAACCAAGCAAGGCCAAAUGGGCUUGGAACGCCACCAGCUCAUUCAAUCCUGCAAAACGAGGUGGAAUUCAGUCUGUGACAUGUUUGCGAGACUGGUGGAGCAGCGGUGGGCGGUGUGCGCCGUACUAUCAGACCGCACGUUCACCAAGCUGUCUGAUGCUCGGACACUUGAGAUCAGAGACGACCACUGGAAAAUCAUGGAGGAAAUGGGCCCUGUUCUAGUCGCUCUGAAGACAGCAACUACCGUGAUGUCUACAGAGACUGAGGUGUCCAUAUCCAACACGUAUCCCAUCAGCUUCGGUUUAAUCGACGUGCACCUCAAGAAGAGAGUCGAGGGAGACUCAGGCAAAGUGGCAGAAUUCAAAUCUAAAGUGGCUGCUUCACUGAGCAGACGGAUGAAGAUUGCAUCUGAUGACUUCCUAACAUCAACCCCAAUGAUAGCAACGAUGGUGGACCCUCGGCACAAGCACCUGUCAUUUCUCAGCCCAGCCAGGAGGAUUUCAGCAAAUGCCAAACUGCUUGAACUGGCUCAAGCAGAAGAUGUGAGCUCCACAUCCACAACAGCAGAUGGAGCAAGCUCUGCCUCUGCCAGUACCACUGGAGAGGAGGAGGAGGGGGCUCAGCCAGACGUGCCUGUCCAGGAAGCUGCACCACAGAGACACACAUCUGCUAUGGUUCAACUCCUGGGUGCCUACUACACCAACCAGGUCACUAAUGAUGUGGAGAGAGAGCUGGACAGUUUUCUGAAGGAUGCUGUGCCAAACCUUGAUUCUGAUCCCAAUCAUCCCACAGAUUGGUGGGGAAAAAAUGAAGCAAGGUAUCCGAGGUUGGCAAAAGUGGCAAAACGAUACAUGUGUAUCCCUGCUACAUCAGUGCCUUCUGAACGCGUGUUCUCAGCAUGUGGCCUUACUGUAACCAAGCUGCGCUCACGGCUCACACCUGAGCAUGUAGACAUGCUCAUAUACUUGAAUAAAAAUGAAUAAGCAAUUGUACCCAUGGGCCAUGUUACAUGUAUGAGGCAGAGAGCCUUCUCUAAAAUGUGACUUUUCCCUUUGUUAAAAUUUCAAUUGUCCACCUGCCUGAUGAUCUAAAUAUUAAGUUGAUUGUUGUAGCCAGGGUUGGCUAAACUUGGCUUGCUUAAUAUUUUACUAUCACGAUCACCAUUGUCUUUCAGGAAUGUUUACUUGAAGUUGUUGUCAGCCUGUUUCAAGCUGACUGAUUAUUACAUUAAUGUUUACACUAAUAGUUUGUGAGAGACAAACUAAGAUGGGCAUAGUGCAUGCACUUUAUUUUAUUUUAUGCAGUGACAUGUUUUUCAUUCAGUUCUUCUGUCAGCCUCACUUGAGCCCAAAUGUUAAGUUGAAUCAAUGACUGUUCUUCUGCAGCAGGCUUAGGUUUACUUAUUUUGCUGUUACUUACAAUUUCAGGGAUGUCUGCCUUAUAUUUUUUCAAGUUGACUGUCAUAUAGGCACUUUUCCCAGUUCAAGAGGGAUUCAAUUAAUGUUGCAGCUUGCAGGCUGCUAGCCUUCUAAUAGUUUGUGAGACAGACUAAGAUGUGCAUUGUGCAUGUUGUGCACUUGAUGUUACUUUAUUUUUCUUGUCUUUACAGUAGUGAGUGAGUGACAUGUUUUUUCACUUCAGUUCUUGUCAGCCUCACCUGAGUCCAAAGGUGAAGUUCUGCAGCAGACUGCAACAGCCAACAGGCUUACUUAUUUGCUGCCUGCUGUUACAAUUUUCAGGGAUG